CCUUUUUCUCUCUAAUCCAUUCCUUCCGCCCCUAAAAAUGAGCGACUUACUUUCUAUGGUCCUCGUCUUUUCGGUGGUCUGGAUUUCUAGACUCGUAACGUGGACAGAAAGACGCAUCAUGACGGUGCAAGUUUGCUUCGGCAUCCUCCAGGUCGCUAUCGUGUCCGUGCUUCUAUACAUCUAUUACCUCAUUCGCAAGAGGGCCGACUCGAAGAUGAUAAAGGCGCGAAUCCAUCAACAUGGCCCUACACAAAGCACGGAGCUCAUAUCGGUCAUGGAAUAUGAUUUGAUGACAUGGAACACGCUGUUCUUCAAGGGCACGCUGAUUCAGAUCGCGGCUAUUGGGUUCAUCAGCUACAAGUUCAACACGGCCGUUCCGCUGCUCACACAGGGGCUCAUGUCGGUGAGCCGCCUGUGGGCGAACCCUCUGUUCAAGUCCCACAUCUUGAAGAGGGCUGUCCAGCGCCCGUUCCCGGAGCCGUCGAGUCCGUGGUCGAUCGCUAACAUGGUGGCGCCGGCCAGAAGGGAAACGCCGCAGUGA